AUUUCAUGCAAAGAAAAACAUGCGACAGAUCAUCUAGAAGAAGGACAGCGUGAAAUGCAACACCUGUGGAACUCAUAGAGAUAACCCCAGACAAACUAUUACUGUUACAUACACCUACAAAACCUAACUACAAAUGGCACCCAAAUCCAAGGACCCGCCCGCUCCUCUUAGACCAAUCGUGCUUGCCGGCUGCAUCGCCCUUCUUCCAAUUGCGCUAGCGUUCUUUGUGGUUGGCGCUAUUGGGAUACAUAUUCUUUUAGAUGCGGAGGACAGCAGCUCCCUCAGCCGCAGCGACUUCGGUCAGGCCUACAAGCGGCUCAUUGCCAUGAAUCCCUUCUUCUCCGCCUUCUUCCUCAAUGGCGGCAUGAUCGGAGCGCUGUUCGCGGGCACCAAGCUCUGGGAGCACCGGGCGGCAGUGAAGAGGGUGAAGAAGGCGGCUCGCUCCAAGAAGGCGAUUACAGGGGGAACCACAGCAGCAGCAGCUGGGGCCUCCUCUGAGGCGAAGAAGGACAAGUAGGAGCAGGGCGGGGGAGGGGGCAUCAGGCCUGGUUGGUCGUAGGGCGCGCAGGCCGUGGCGGCUUGUUGGCGCCACGUCGGCAGCAGCAGUAGCUACCAGGUACGCAGCAGCAGCAGCCAGUUGCUGUUGCUUUGUGCUGUGUUCGUGGUGGUGUCAACGGAGGCGGCAGCCGCUGCAGCAGUGGCAGCAGUGCCGGCGGUUGGGCUGCAGUGCUUGUUGGUGCCUGGGUGGAUGGAGCUGCCUGGAGGCGUGGAGAGCUGCAUGGGUCGGGUUGCAGCAGCGCCCAUGCAGAGGGCUGGAGAGGCGCAUUGCUGAUAGUGGCAGCGGCAGCAGCAGUCGUGGCAUCAAUAUUGGGGAAGGAGGGGGGCGGUGGGCUGGAGCAGGGGCACGGGCUGCUGGGGAAGGCGGGUUCGAUGGGGGCCCGGAAGAAAGCAGGACAGCAGCAGGGGUUACAGACAACAAUGGCCCUGCGGUGCUGGGCUGUUGGUUAGUAAAUGAGCAGCAGCAGCAGCUGCUGGUGUCGUUGCCAUGAUCACAGGAGGGAAGAGCGAGGGGAGGAGGAGGGCAAGGCACGCUGUUAGGGUUACUGGUGGUGGUGUCCACUGGGCCUGCCUGCCUGGGCGGCCGCCUUAGUGCCCUAUCCGGAGGGAACCAGGGAGCACCCAAAGCCCUCAUAAGACAUAACAACUUCCACGUGACCACGUGAUACCUUGUAGUACUGUUGUUUUUGUUCGUACAUUGAUUGCACAUGUUGUUAGUGUCUCAGGUAUGCUGCACGGCUGUGACAUGGGAGCGAAGAAAGCAAGGACAACGUGUCUGAGUGAAUUGGUCCUUGAAGCCUACAGACGUUUACAUCAGUCUACAAGGGUGGGAGCGUAUUGGGCCUCGUGUGGUAGGUCGCGUGCAGCCGUCCACCGCUCCCCCCCUGCAGCCUCUGUUUACUGAUGCAGCUGCUGCUGGUAGUAGCGAAUUGGGUAAAGACGGCGGACGGCGGAGCUGCCGUCCGUUGAUGAGGCUUGUGCUUCCUGCUGUGACGUACCGUACAUACCUGCAGUACGUACGCUGUGAAUGGGUGAAGGUGGCUUUCUGACACAAGAGAGCGGCGCACGGGCAGUGCUGGCUUAUUGGUAGUGGACGGUACUGCUUCCUGGGACUGCUGGGCUUGCCCUGGUGGACUGGUGGCCGAUUAGAGGAGUGGCUGUUCCGUUUGUUGACGUGGCCACCCAGGACAAUCACUCGCCGAGCCACGUGCCACGAGGCUUUACCGGCAAACAGUGGUGUCGAGCUGUGCGGCACAUGGACUUGCGGAGGCGCAUUGGUUGCUCCGUUGGCACGCCCGCAGCAGCACACAUUGCGCUGCACACACGUCCUGACGCCACACGGUUGGCUGGGCAGCAUGCAGACAGGAUUGGAGUAGGCUCGCGGCCCUGUACGACACAAAUACGUAAACCAGGUUGCAUCGUUAUGAGUGUACGGCAACUCCUGGUGCAGGGUGUUAGGAAGUUGUGGGGUGUAGUUCUGGGUGGUAGGCUGGUCAUCUACUGGGCCGCCAUGUGUAAUAGCCCUACCCACGCUUCUGUUUCCAAUGUAACAUGGCU